UAUGGCAGCUUCCGUAUGAAACUUGUUGGUUUCUUUUCGCAAAAAUAUUUCUUUCUUUUUGUCCUAUAAACCAUUAUUCUGAAGUAUUAUUCGCGAAGGAUAACAAUGGCAAGUGGGAGAUCAAGUAGCGUGCAUUCUUGGCAAGGAGUGUCGAUCGAUACUGGUCCGUUUGAGACGGUUCACCGAUGGCGACGUAUGCCCGACUGUGAUGAGUUCGUGGGCGCACGACGAAGUAAGCACACUGCAGUGGCGUACAAAGAUGCAAUCUAUGUGUUUGGUGGAGACAAUGGACGGAAGAAUAUGCUUAAUGAUGUCCUUCGCUACGAUGUCAAAGAAUGUUCAUGGGGAAGGGCUUUUACUACAGGCACCCCUCCUGCCCCAAGAUAUCACCACUCAGCCGUGGUCUACCAUGGAAGCAUGUUUAUUUUUGGUGGGUAUACUGGUGACAUCUACUCAAACUCCAACCUGCAGAAUAAGAACGAUUUGUUUGAGUACAAACUCUCCAAUGGACAGUGGGUGGAGUGGAAGUUUGAAGGAAGACUUCCCCCUGCCAGAUCUGCCCAUGGAGCAGCCAUUUACGAUGGGAAGUUGUGGAUUUUUGCCGGCUAUGAUGGAAAUGCCAGGUUGAAUGACAUGUGGUGCGUUUCCCUGAAUGGCGACUCCAGAAGCUGGGAAGAGAUUCAACAAGAAGGCGAUAACCCUCCAACCUGCUGCAAUUUCCCCGUUGCUGUUUCUAGGGACAGCAUGUUUGUCUUCUCAGGACAGAGUGGUGCCAAAAUCACCAAUGACCUGUACAGAUUCUGCUUUCAGGAGAAGAGAUGGAGGAAGAUUCAGUCAGAUCACAUCUUGAAAGGUACCCCGCCCCCUCCCCAGCGACGUUAUGGGCACACCAUGGUGGCUCAUGACAGGCAUCUCUACGUCUUCGGUGGAGCAGCCGAUAACACCUUACCCAGUGAACAGUAUUGCUAUGAUUUGGAUGCAGAGGAGUGGCAAGUGAUUAAGGUUUCUCCGGAUAGUCAGAGUCCUUCAGGUAGACUAUUCCAUGCUGCUGCUGUGAUAGGGGACGCCAUGUUCAUCUUUGGAGGGACUGUGGACAACAACGUCCGAAGCUCAGAGAUGUACAGAUUCCAGUUUGCAUCCUACCCACGAUGCACCCUGAAGGAUGACUUCGGUAGACUUCUCCUCAGUCAGCAAUUCACUGAUGUAGAGUUCCUUGUAGGCGAGAAAGGUACAGUUGUUCCAGGACACACAGCUAUCAUCGUACCUCGAUGCCGCUACCUCCGACACAAGAUAGCACAGGCUAAGGAACGACAGUUAGCAGAACAGAGUGAUUCCCAGUCGGAGGCAGAGAGUAACAGUCCCUCCACAGACAAGGACGAGGAAAUCCAACAGGGCAUGAAUGGGAAGAAGCCGUACCAGGUGACCAUCAAGAACACCCGACCUGAAGCCUUUCAGCUCCUGCUGUGGUUUCUCUACACUGACAAGGCCGACCACAGAACCCAGGAUAUACAGAAUUCUGCCGAUAAAACGACAGAAUUCCUUCUCCUACUUAUGGAUGUCUAUAAACUGGCCCUGGAGUUUUCCAUCAGCCGUUUAGAGCAUAUGUGUGUUCAUUAUCUCUGGGUGUCUAUCACCAACUCCAAUGUACUUCAGGUACUGCAGUGCGCUAGCAAACUCAAACUCGAUUUGAUCAAGGAAUUCUGCAUGAACUUUGUGGUUAAAGAGAGUAAUUACAGCGCCAUUGUCAUGAGCAAGGAGUUUGAAGGUUUGAGCCAACCGUUGAUGGUGGAGGUAGUCAGGAGGCGACAAUUGGCGUCAGGGAGACCCUACCAACAUGAAAAGAUGCCAGACUUCAACAGGUCAUAUGAAUGUCUAGAGCAAGACAUGGAAACUUUCUUGAAGGGCAAACUUGGCCAGGAGUAUGCAGACAUCACCCUGAUGCUGGACGGCACGGCCAUACCUGCUCACAAGGCCGUGCUGGCUGCCAGGAGUAGUUUCUUUGAGGCCAUGUUCCGCUCCUUCAUGCCUGAGGAUCGCUCUGUCAACGUAAGUCAACCCCCCCCAUUGAGAGUUUGUAACAAGUUAUUAUUUGGUCAUGUGUAUUUCUGAAGAAUUAAAUUACCAAUAGAAGAUACAAUAUAUCUGUUCUCGGCACCAGACUAUUACAGUUUCUACAAUAACCGCCUGCAGGCAUUCUGCAAGGAGAACCUGGAGAUUAACAUCUCUGUGCAGAACGUGGUGCAGAUACUAGACGCGGCCGACCGCGUCGGCGCUAAAGACAUGAAGGAUCACGCCCUGAAGAUCAUUGUCAGGAACUUCACCAAGGUGGCGGAAAAUCCGAAAAUGAAGAAUCUCAGCCAUGGACUUCUGUUGGAAAUCAUCAUAGCUUUGGCAGCACGGCUUCAGAAAGUCAACCUGAAACAACAAGCCAUCGAAGAACCAAUGCACGCAGCAUGGGCGGGUUCACCUGAC